AUGCCUCCCAAGGCCGCCGACAAGAAGCCCGCCUCCAAGGCCCCCGCCACUGCCUCCAAGGCUCCCGAGAAGAAGGAUGCUGGCAAGAAGACGGCUGCUUCUGGUGACAAGAAGAAGCGCACCAAGACUCGCAAGGAGACUUACUCCUCCUACAUCUACAAAGUCCUCAAGCAGGUCCACCCCGAUACUGGUAUCUCCAACCGUGCCAUGUCCAUCCUGAACUCCUUCGUCAACGAUAUCUUCGAGCGCGUCGCCACCGAGGCCUCCAAGCUUGCCGCCUAUAACAAGAAGUCCACUAUCUCUUCCCGCGAAAUCCAGACCUCCGUCCGCCUGAUCCUGCCCGGUGAGCUGGCUAAGCACGCUGUUUCUGAGGGAACCAAGGCCGUCACCAAGUACUCUUCCUCUACGAAAUAA